AUGUCACAACGACCGCAGAGAGCCGCGGCGGUCCAAGCCAUCAAGGCGAAUAGUGCCACUUUGGCGCCACGAAGACGAAGCGACUCGCAGGCAUCCAUCAAGACGGUCACCUCGCAAAACUUCAAGACAGAGGAUCGAAGGUACGACGGAAGAAGCUCGCCGUCUAUGGACGUUGUCAUGCAGCGUCCCAGCCAUCAGGACCUGCGCAGGCACGAUGGGAUAGGCGGAAACGUCAACUCGUCCGACUUUGCUGCUGCGCACAACUCGAUCAACGCUUCCACCUACGCUCCCAAUGUCUUUCCAGUCUACUGGCCGACGCAAGAUGAUGCGUCCACUAUGGCUUCUGCGGCACCUCAGCCGAAUUCGGCUUCUGGUUACCAUGAGCCCCAAUUGUGGCAAGAGCCGCCGUCACAUGCUGAGCCGCAUCCUCUUUCGCACUACGACUCUGCUCCAAACCACGGCAUGUUUGACCUCCACUAUGGAUACGCAAACCAAAGCAACUCGCUCGGCCUCAAGGCAGAGUCGGGCCUCAACGUUGGCUUGAAUGGCGAGCUGGACCUCAGCCAGCGUGUGCAGCGCGAGCAGAGACCGUUUGACAGUGCCACCUCGGAUGCUUUGGCUCUACUCGACAACCUUCCCUUCAAGGCAAGUUCUAGCGCCGACAACGACUCGUACGAGGACAGCACCGACUCGGACCUGCCUCCCGAAAAGAAAAAGCUCUCGGCAGCCUUCCGUCCUCGUGGUCGCAAGAAGCGCAACAAGUGCACGCCCGAACAGCUGCAUAGUCUCGAAGCGUUCUUCGAGAAGAAUCGCAAUCCAACGGGUCGCAUCCGGCUUGAGCUUUCACGCAAAUUGCGCAUGCCUGAACGCAGCGUUCAGGUCUGGUUCCAGAAUCGACGUGCCAAGGUCAAGACGGUCGAGCGUAGAGGCGAUCCUGGCUCCGACUCGAGUAGGAAGAAGAGCUGUAGUCUCCGACUCAACGACAAGGAUGCUCACAGCAAAUCAGCCGGCGAUAACGCUCGACUCGGUCGAGGCGAUCCGGCUGAACUGGUACCGUCGGUGACUGCUAUUCCCACCUCGGCGCUUUGCAUUGGAACAUGGCGACGCGUGUCGCCGCUCAUCUGCUUUUUCUCGCGCCGUCUGCAGUCGCUCACGUGGUACCUCACCAGCGAGUCGAUCGGCUUCAAGCUGGAAAUCCCAUGGACGUCGAUUCGUAGUGCGUACUUUGAUGGGCCUUCCAACCCGUCAAUUGCGGAGCGUGCCGAGGGAGUUCGUGUGCCUCUAGGUCAUUUCGUCAUAGACCUUGAACGUCCCCCAACUUUCUUCAUGGAGGUUUUCCGAUCGGCUCCGCUCAAGGAGGGUAGCAACGAGGAGCCCAAGGUGAGCUGGCGUCAAUGCGAGGAUUUUACCGAGGAUCACCAAGCCAUGACAGUCAGUCGUCACGUCAUCAACGGCCCUUACGAGGAACUCCGAAUUGCUGUUCAGGCGUUAGCGAGAUGCAACGACGUUCUGAAGAGACUGAUCAAGUUUCACGACGAAGAGCAACGCGCGGCAGGGACGAUUCCAACCGGCUCGGCUUCGACUGCUGACAACUUUGGGCUGGUCGGCGAUGCGGUUGGUGUUCGAUCGGUGGAUGCGUUUGCAUCAUCUGCUGGAGCGUUUGCUGCCGCUUCGUUGGACAUGUGUGCCGCACCAAUGACGAGUGUCAAUGCGUAUGCAAAUGGUAUGCACGUUUCAAUGCAGAGCGUUCCCAUGUCGACCUCGUCGAGCGCUUCGAGCAUCCCCAAGAGUGGUUCGGCGGCAUGGCACAACUUCCGCACUCCGAUGCGAAUGGGCGCCGAGCCCGGCUGGGAAUUCGACAGUCCAGCCAGCGUCUCGACGAGCCUGUCGGAAGCUUCGCUCGACAGCCAACAACGUCAUCCACUCGCAUACAGCCCGUACGGCGUACCCACAUCGAUCGAGGCCAGCCCUCGUUCAGCUUUGGGUAGCUCGAUGGACCUCAAUACACUGCGCAUCGACACUGGCGCCGCCGGUGGAGGCAUGUCGGGCUUUAGUAGUACACCGCAUCACAUGCCAUUGAUCAGUGAUGGUAGCGCUCUUGGUGGCUCGCAAGCGGCCGCCGCUUUUAACGGCUGGGAUGCACGUCUCAGCUGCGAUUUGUCUUGUUCGCAGCGGAUACAAGAGCCGUACUCUCUGGCUUCUUCGGGCAUCUUUGACACGAACAGUGCUCAUCAUACGUCGUCGGCUGCUGCAAACAUGCCGACUUCAACCAUGAUGGAUACAAAUAACCUGGGUGGUGUGCCCUUGCAUCGGAAUGGCGACCAGCGACACGAUCACGCGUCCAACCAUGCGGUUGCUAACUAUGACGUUGGCUUGCAGCAGACGGUUGAGUCAUCGAACGCUGACGCCUCUUAUGCUCAAGAGAACAAGACGCGCCGCAACGGUUUCGAUGGCCACAAGGGCGCUUCCAACGAGUAUCACUAUGCAGGCGAUUCCGGCUCACUGCUUGAUUCGAGACGGCUUUCGCACACCGAGCCUGGCUCAGCACUUGACCACGCUGGCUACGAUGCAGAACGCGAGCGCGAGAGCGAAUCCGAUGGCUUGGCACGUAGAAGCGACCAGGAGCAUCACGCUGCUACGCUCAUGGCUGCACCCGGGAGUGGGAGCGGCGGAACAAGCAGCAGCAACAGUGGCAGCGGUGGCCAGCUGACGUCGCUCGAGGAAGAUGCAUUUUGCGCGAAAACGCCUACGACGCGCACGUGCUUUGGCGUGUCGGUGCAGAUGAGCGGCGUAGAUACUGGAGCGCAGUAUAAGGGUGUAGGGAAUGAACGGCAAGCUGACGAUGCGACCGACGCGUAUGAGUCGGGCGAUGAUGCCAAGCAUGCGCUUGCUGGUCGAGCGAGAUCCAAUACGUAUCGGAGUUCAACGCAUGGUGGACGACGGUCUGCGAACGAUGCGACGCAGCAGUCGGACGCGGUGCGUAGUGGACACGGCUCAGUGGGCCAAGGCAGAGCUGAAAACACCAACGAUGAUCACCAGCUGCCCACGUCUGGCAGCGGCCAGCCCGACGACGCUGAUGCACGCACUUGCGUCAACAUUUCUGGUCUGGCCGAGGCGCAAAUCGAUCCACCGGCGCUCGUGUCGCUCUCGUCUUCGCAUCUCGCUAGCCGUGAGCACUCGCCUGCAUCGUCGUCGAUAUCCAGCGUUUCAUCUUCGCGCUCGCUCGACCAGCACGCUGCCGCUGCUGAACCCUAA